GAGCCCUUCCUCUCGGAGCGCGGACGGACCACACGCUGCCGCGGCUCAGCGCUUGGGACCACUCCACCGUAGCCCAGCGAACCUCUCGCAAGCAAUACCAACGACGAAUUUCCCCCAGACAGAACCGCAGCACCCAGGCCAGCGAGGGCGCCCGCCCUGUGUACCUAUUACUGUUGUAUUUCUAGUACAAAAUGGCCUUCUCCACGGGUAUUGGAGAGCGCAGUGGCCUCCGGUCGCCUCGCGAAGAGUCGUCGUUCGCUUCCCUCAACCUUACGAGCCCUCUGCGUGCCGUCGGUAGCCAGAUGGGAUCUUCCUCUGCCAGCGAUGCCCGCGGCCAGCUGCACCGACGAUUCACUACGAACAACAUCCCAACACUGAGCACCCCUCUGUCCCCGAUUGGGCAGCAGCGAAGACAGGCGGCUGAGCCGACCGACUUCACCACUACCACCGCGACAUACCAUAAACUGCAAGUGCUUGAGAAGAAGAAGCUCGAAUACGAGUAUAUGAAAGAGCAGCGACGUCGUAUCGAAGCUGAAAUGGAACUCAUUGAUAUGCAGUCGCGUCAAGAAGAGGAGGAGAUUAAUCGCCUUUCCUCCGACAUCAGGUACGGCAAGCACAGCACACCGUCUACCCCGCCCGAGUACGCAAACAAUACCGGUUUUCCGUCGUCUUUCUCGCGACCCAAUCGUUUCAGCAUGUCGGCCAUCAAUCCCGGCUUGACGACUCCUCGCGGAAGUCGCGCGGGGUCCCAAAUCACCUCGCCGCCAUCCGCUCGUUCGCAGCAGGGCAACGGCUUCGCGGCGCAGUCUAUGCCCGGCUCACGUCGCAACUCCGACGAGGACGGCGAUGACUUCAACGACCAAUUCACGCCCGAGAGUCCGGUCCAUAUCCGCAACCCGAACCGGUUCUCUAUGCCCCCACUUGGAGCUCGCAACAACGAAGUCAACAUGCCAGACAUGGGUUCGGUUCUCGAUUUCCUCAAGGACGAACACGAGCAGAGCCCGUCCACUGCUGGCGCGCCCUACUCAUUGCAAAUGAACACUACGAAAGAGGGGGUUCCUAUCUUGGUACGUCAGAAUGGUAAUGGAAACGGCAUUAAGCUGUCUUCCUCAUCUGCUGCUCUUGAUCUCGCGCUUUCGCAAUCACCUGGUCCAGACGGCCAGUCCACCGGUUGGGGUGGCCACCGCCACCGUCACGCACAACAGUCGCUCCCUACUAACACUCUUCGUAAGGAUUCUCAAGCUGAAGAGUAUGAUGGCCAGACCAACGGCGACAAGACACCCAAGUCCACCGCCAGCAACCGUCGUUCAAUUGACUUGUACGCUCUGAGCAGCCCUCAGCGCGCCGCCUAUACCAACGGUAUGCCAAAGCUCCAGCAGUCGUUCUCCAGCAACGAUGUGCCAACCCUGAAGAACGGCGAUGGUCCUGUUAAUGGUUUCGGUCCCAAGACCCACGCUGAGCAGCAUCUGCGCAACCAUAACGCCAAUUUGGGCCGUGUCCCGGCGAACGCCAUGGCUAACCGCCACAGCCGUGAGUUGUCUGCCAGUCUGAACAAGGAGCAGGACUACCGCAACGGUGCUCCCUUUGGAUCCGCCCUUCAUGCGAGCGCCGCUCCAUUCGGCCCUGUUCUCCCGUCUCCUGCGGUCACUAGCGCAAUGACCUCGCCCGUACCUUCGAUGUACUCGAUGUACUCCAACGGCGGCUCACCAGGCCCUGCUUACGUCGGAUAUGGCAUGUCCGCCUUGAACAACGCCAUUGGGGGAAUGUCUCUUUCGCAAGGCCCGAUGUAUCCGCCCAUGUAUGCUGGUCCUCCUGGACCGCCCGGUCCGCAGCAAUUCGGCAGCUAUAACCCCUAUACCACCUACGGUCGUGAUGGACAGCCCCAGGACAGUCAGGCGCGCGUGAUUCAGAGCCGUCGCAUGCAAAACGAUGCCAAUCGCUUCUUGAACUAUGACCUGAAGACAAUGGCACGACAAGACAUCUACACCUUGUGCAAAGAUCAGCACGGCUGCCGUUUCCUCCAGAAGAAGCUUGAAGAAAAAGAUCCUGAGAACGUGCAGAUCAUCUUCGAGGAGACUGCUCCUCAUGUGGUCGAGCUUAUGACGGACCCAUUCGGCAACUACCUCUGCCAGAAGCUGUUGGAGUUCAGCACCGAUGAACAGCGCAACACUUUGGUGCGCAACGCCGCUCCGUCGCUGGUCUCCAUCGCUCUCAAUCAGCAUGGUACUCGUGCUUUGCAGAAGAUGAUUGAGUUCAUUUCCACCCCCGAGCAGAUCCAAGUCAUCAUCAACGCUCUGAGUGGCGAGGUUGUUGCCCUCAUCCAGGACCUCAAUGGCAAUCACGUCAUCCAGAAGUGCCUGAACCACCUCAAGUCCGAGGAUGCUCAAUUCAUCUUCGACGCUGUUGGCGACAACUGCGUUGCCGUCGGCACACACCGCCACGGUUGCUGCGUCCUCCAGCGCUGCAUUGACCACGCCUCUGGCUACCAGAAGGUCCAGCUCGUUCGCCAGAUCACGGCCAACAGCUUCAACUUGGUCCAGGACCCCUUUGGCAACUACGUUGUGCAGUACAUUCUGGAUCUUAAUGAGAUGAGCUUCACCACCCCGCUCUGCCUCAACUUCCAAGGACACAUUGCGGAGUUGUCCAAGCAGAAGUUCAGCUCCAACGUCAUCGAGAAGUGCGUCCGUUGUGCAGACAUGGACACCAAGGCUGUCAUGAUCCAUGAGAUGAUGCAAGAGGAGGAGCUCGAGAAGCUUAUGCGCGACUCAUACGGCAACUAUGUCAUCCAGACCGCACUGGAGUUUGCGCCUGCAGAGCUCUGCAUCCACUUGAUCGAGGCCAUGCGUCCCAUCUUGCCCGGUAUCCGCCAGACGCCCUAUGGCCGCCGCAUUCAGAGCAAGGUUCAGGAGCGUGAGUCUCGCCUCGCUGCAUAUGCCGGUGGUCGUGCUUCUGGACAUGUUUCUCCUCACGGCACGAGUGCUCCGGGCCAAAACCCGGCCUAUGCUGGCGCUGGCCCAAUCUCCUCUGGCUACACCACGGCUCCUAUGUAUACCGCAGCCGCAAGCUAUGGCACCAACAUCGCUUCGCCGCAGCCCCACCGCAUGAGCAACCCGCCGCUCCCGUCGCAAUUGCAGAACACUGUACAGUACCCUUCCUACCAGUUCAGCAAUGGCAUGCCCAAUGGCAACGGUCAUGCGAACGGCAACUUCAACGGCGGCAGCGGAAACUUCUUCUAGUAGACGAGUUACGAUGACGAACGUUACGGCCACCGUCUGAAGCAUCUUAUCGGGAUAUCACUUGCGGGUGCACGUUGCCCUACCAGUUGUCAAAGCUCUCUGGUGUUGGCAUUAUCUCGUUGAGAUUUAUUUCAUUUACUACGAUCUGUCUUUCAUGGGUAGGAAGUUCAUUCCUAGGG